ACUGAGUGGUUUUCAUUCACUUAACGCGCUACCUAACCUAUCAUGAUCCCAAUACUACACUCUCACUCAUGACUUCCAAAACGCACCGUUUCACUACCUGUCACCGUCACCCUUCCACACCUGUCACCGGUUUCUGUGCCUCCUGCCUCCGCGAGCGCCUCGCCAGCAUCGACUCAUCCUCCAACUCGCCGGAGCUCCGCCGCGCCAAGUCUUUCUCCGCUCGCACCGCCUGCGCUCCCUCCUCCGCCGCCCCGGAGCCCCGCCGCAGGUCCUGCGAGGUCCCACUGCCGCCGCCGCGUGGCUCGCUGUCGGACCUCUUCCACCGCGACGACAAGAGCAAGAGCCCUCCGAAUCGGAGCGCCUCGGUCCGUUCUGGCACCGCCGGCGUCGGAGUCGGAGAGGACGACCGCGGCGACGCGGUUAGGGUUUCCGGCGAUGACGCCGGAGAGGAGAAGACGAUGAAGGAGUUCAUAGAUCUCGAAUUGCGGAGCAAGAAGAACACAGGCAGAGAUUUUAGCUACAUCGCGGCGAGUUUUCGCGACGCGGCUUCCGUAUUCAGCAAGCGAUUGAUGAAAUGGCGACGGAAACACAAUCCGAAGAGUAACAGCAGCAACGACGACGGCACUGGCGCCGUCGUCGGCGUUGGUUCGGCGAGCGUCGAGGUCGAGAAGCUAGGGUUUAGGACAAUGCGGGAGACGCAAUCGGAGGUUGGAGAAUACGGCUCCGCUUUGGGUAGAAGAUCGUGCGACACUGAUCCGAGGUUGUCCUUGGAUGGUUCGCGGUUUUCGUUCGAAGCUCCUCGAGCUUCUUGGGAUAGUUACUUGAUAGGGAAAGGGUACCCUAGGGUUUCCCCAAUGGUUCGCGUUGGUGAUAGGGUUUUGGUUGAGGAAGAAGAAGAAGAAGCGGGUUUGGAGAAUGGUGAAGAAUGUUGUCCUGGUGGUUCAGCUCAAACGAAACAUUACUAUUCGGAUUGGCAUAGGAGGAGGAGGAGUUUCGAUAGAUCGAAUUCUCGACGGAAGUCGAUAAUGGCGGAUGUUGAUGAAUUGAGAGUGAUAUCUAAUGCUAAGGUUUCUCCCGCCACCACUGAGUUGUUCUAUGGGGCGAAGCUGUUGAUCACUGAGAAUGAUUUGAAGGAUGCGAAUUUGAAGGCGUUGGAUAAUGUUCAAUCUGAUACUGUAAUGGGGUCUGCUUCCACGGUUGAUGGUCGUGAUGUUGCAAUUGGGGAUGAUCAAAAGGGAUUGAACAAGUUUCACAAGUGGGGUAGGUUGUGGAGUAAGUUGGGGUUAGUGCAGAGGAGAAGAGAAGAUAGGUUGGGAGAAGGAGAGUUAGGUGGUGGUGAUGUGGUUAACAAGCCCAUUGCAGAGUCUUGGCAGAAGCUGAGGAGGGUGGUUAAUGGACAAGCGAGUGAGUCUGUUAGCCAGAAGCUCAUUCGUAGCUAUAGUGUUAGUUGUAGAGAUCCUUGUAGAAUGGGGGGUUUAGUCUACGGCAUUGGGGGUUCUGAGGCUAAAGGCCAUGUUUUGAAUGGAAGACAGAAGUUUAUGCUUCAAAGGAACCGGAGUGUUAGGUAUUCACCGAGUAAUGUUGACAAUGGCUUGUUAAGGUUCUAUUUGACACCGUUGAGAAGCUAUAGGCGAAGCAGGUCUGCAAAGAGUAGCUUAAAGAAUUCAAAUCCAACAGCCAGAAGUUUCUUUUCAGGCUGUAACUAAUGGAAGUGUAUCUGGGUGUAAAAACAUAUAUAAUGAAAUUGUUUCUUUCCUUGAGAUAAAGUAUUUCACACUGUUAGAUUGCAUAUUUGCAUCGCAUUGGAAAGAUAUAACUGUUGAAAUCGGUCUGGUUACAGUUGUUCUCACGAUGUUGGUAGCAGAAUAAAGCAUUCAUACCAUGAUA